CCACAACACGCGCACGCGUCCACUAGCAACACUUGUUGACAUUCAAACUCUCCCUGUCGCUGCUGGUGCUGUCGCCGUCCAACAAGCCGCCGCCCCCGCCGCCAUGCCCGCGAGAUCCAUCCGCGGACCUCGCCACAGUCGGCCGACUGAUGGCAAGGCUUCGUGGGAAGUCGACGCCGACCAGCCCAAGCCCCACGACUCAACGCGCGCUCGCCGAGCCUUCUGCGUCACCGACCUUACUUCCCGCCCGGCGUCAAACAUAAACACGAUCCACGAUAUCAUGUUGUAUGCCGCCCGAGUGCACGGUUCCAAGCAGGGCUUUGGCAAGCGCAAGGUCGUGGCACGGACGGAGGAGAUCAAGAUCUUGACCAGGACAGAUAGCAGCACCAGCUCCAAGCCUAGCUUGCGACGGCCCGUCGAGCUGUUCACCCUCUCGCCAUACGAGUGGAUCAGCUAUGAGCAGGCACUGCAAGAAGUUCGCGACCUUGGUUGCGGCCUCCGCACCAUUGGUGUAGGGGAUAGGCGUGAGGGGCAAUACUUUGGCAUCUAUGCGCCAACAAGCCGCAACUGGAUGUUCAUGGCCCAGGCGUGUGCGUUCAACGGUGUGCCCAUCUGCACAGUAUACGACACUGCAUCCACCGCAGCAGUGGCGGAAGCGUUCAACGAGGCGCGAGUACCCGCAAUCUUCACGGACGCGUCCCUCCUACCCCAUCUCCUUCGGCAGCUGGCACGCACCCCCACCCUCCGCGCAAUCGUGUACGACAAUGUCAACGGAGCGUCCGAGCAGGAGAUCACCGCCGCCCUCUCUGCCAUCAGGAAUCAGUACCCCGGCAUUCAGCUGCAUACGAUCGACGCGAUUCGGCAGCUCGGCCGCGAGCACGCGCUCGUCAUGGCCGACCGCGCGCGACGCAACGAUAUCUUCUGCCUCAUGUACACCAGUGGUGGCGGUGGCAAGCCCAAGGGCGUACUACUGACCCAUGGCAAUGUCCUUGCUGCAGCCGCAUCCAUCGCCAUCCUCAUGAAGGACGUGCUGGUCGACCAGGAGUGCUACCUCGCGUUCCUCCCCGCCGCUCAUGUCAUCGAGUUCAUCGUCGAGAUGACCUUCAUCUUCUCGGGCGUGCCCAUCGCAUACGGGCGUAUCAAGACCCUGUCCGACGCCAACGUCAAGAACUGCAAGGGCGACAUCAUGGAGGCGCGGCCGUCGGUCAUGAUUGCCGUUCCUACCGUCUGGGAGCUGCUCCGCAAGGGCAUCAUGGGCAAGGUGUCCUCCGGCCUCAAGAAGACCGUGUUCAACACGGCCAUGAAGGCCAAGUAUGCGGGACAGAGCAAGAGUAUCCCCGGGCUCGCCAAGCUGUCCGAUGCCAUGGUCUUCAACCGCGUCAAGGAGCUCACCGGCGGCCGGCUGCGCACGAUCCUCAACAGCGGCACGCCGCUGUCACCGAGCACGCAAAAGUUCCUGUCCAUUGCGCUGGUACAGAUGAUCCAGGCGUACGGCAUGACCGAGUGCGGCGGCGUCACGAUCCAACACCCCAACUGGCGGACGUUUGGGUCUGUCGGUGGACCAGCACCUGGGUGCGAGAUCAAGCUCGUCGACAGGCUCGACGUGCACCCCGGCUACUCGUCCAACGACAACCCGCCCCGCGGCGAGGUGUACGUCCGAGGGCCGUCCGUGUGCGCCGGCUACCACAACCGCGAGCUCAACCGUGCGGCGUUCACAAACGACGGCUGGUUCCUCACCGGCGACAUUGGGCAGUGGAACCCCGACGGCACGUUGACCAUCAUCGACAGAGUCAAGAACCAUGUGCCGCUGGCAGGUGGCACCGGUGUUGCGCUCGAACGCCUUGAGUCGAUCUACAAGUCGUGCCCGCUCAUCACGAACUGCUGCGUAGUCGCCAACCCGUUCCACGCGCGCCCGGCCCUCGUGGCCGUAGUGCACCCGGCCAACCUGCCCUCGUUUGCGCGCAAGCACGGCAUCCCAUGCUACCCGCACGACAUUGAGGUGCAGUGCCGCAACCCACGCCUCGUGUCGCUCGUCCUCGACGUGCUCAACGAGUCGGCGCGUCGUGAGGGCUUGCGUGGUGUGGAGCUCCUCGAGGCGCUCGUGCUCACCGCCGACGAGUGGACGUCCGACCUCGGGUUGUUGACCGCCGCUCAGAAACUCAUUCGCCCCGUCAUCGAAGACUACUACGAGGACGAGCUCAACCGCAUGUACACGGCCAACGGGCCCGAGUACUACAACCAGAUGAAAGGAAACGCCGAUCUCCUGCGCUCCGUGGCCAACAGGCCGCGCGGCUCGGGGCCAGUGUUCUCCCCGGACGGCGAGCGCACGCCGACGCUGUCCCCGGCAUCGAGGUCGACCUCUCCGCCGCCGAGUAGCAUCGCGACGCAGUCGCCCACGCUUCCGUCGUCGAUGACGCUCCCGUCGAUACCGCUUCCGCCCAGCCGCGCGAUAUCGACUCACUCGUCGUCCCCCCACUCGACAAUGGCCCACCCGCUUCUCGCGAUGGCCACCAAGUCGGCCGCCGAGCUCGCGACGGCCGACCUUGCUGCAUCGCUCAACCCGCGCUCGCGCAAGCCCAGUUUCAUCUAG